AUGUAUCGCGAUAUCUCAAAUAUCGUAGCGACUGAAACAUGGGGCAGCCUGGUGCAGCACACUCAGUUGCCUGAGAACAUCAUAAACGAAAGAUUCAGGUUGGUUCCAGAUUAUCAGAAUAGACUUCCGAAAGCACGCUGUUAUUCCACAACGCAACUAGAUCAGCAAGAAUUUACCUGUAAGAAAUACUCCUCAAAUGGACUACGUGUAAAUGAUAAUCGAGACUCGAUCGUUCAGAACCAAGGUCUACCUAUCUAUACUGUCUGCCCACAUGCAAUUCAAUAUAUUGUUCACUGCCUAAUUGCAACUACUAAACAAACGCAGGUGAAGUUCGUAGAAUUCGGUUUCGCCGCAAUUAUUACUGACCGUCCGUUGCGACUGAAACAUGAGGCAGCCUGGUGCAGCACAUUCAGCUGUCUGGAAACAUCACAAAUGAGAUAUUCAGCCGGGCUCCAGAACAAAUUCGGGCAAACAAACAGAGGACAGUAUAACCGUAAUACACUACUGAUAAGGAUGCUGAAAACACUUCGACAGCUCACGAACGGUUUCGCUCUUCCAGUUCGGGCUCAUCAGGUGCAGUCCCCGAGUUUCCGUCAACCUUAUGUUCUACUUGAACCCAAAUUGGACAGAUUUCGACAACUACAUACUGAUUCGGUUUUGACGGGAGGCUGA